ACCAACCUAUCCUCCGUGUCGCCGGCUACCCACUGGCCCACCACCCGCUCGACCGCCCCCAUGGAUCACGCCGGCGACCACCUCGACCCCGCCGCGUCCGCCUCCUCCUCCGCCGCUGUCGCCGAGGUCAACGCGUGGCUUGCCUCCCUCUCCGCGGAGGCCGGGUCAGGGGGCGGAGCGGGAGGGCGCGGCGGGGCGGCCGCGGAGCUGUCUAUGGGGCCCGAGCCCACGCCGCGCGGGGUGGCGUACCUCCGCGUGCUCGCGGCGGCGUCGCAGGCGCGGUCCCGGGCCGCCGGGAUCGCGGCCGCGGGGCUGCGCGCGCAGGCGGCCGAGUACCGCACCGAGGCAGCGCGGCUGCGGGAGGCGCUGGAGCGAGCGGGACUCGCGCGGGACGCGCUCCCGCCACCCGCCGCGGCAGCGGCGCGCGCCGUCGCCGCCGUCGCCAACCUGCUCGCCAUCCGUGACACCGAGAUGAGCAGCUUUGUAGUGGCCAGUGCAGACUUGUCGCUGAGGCGAGCAGAGGUGGAGGAGAAGAGGGACAAAGUGCAUAAGGAGUCAAAGGCACUCCUUGAUUACACGAGAAAGGCCAUAACCAAGCUUACUGAGCUCAAGAAGAUGCUGGAGAAAUUUAAAAAUGAUGUUGAAAAGCAACAAUUGGGGCAAAUGGCGGAUUGGCAGACCAAGUUGGUCAUGAUGGACUCAAAGGAGCGGCAGUAUAUCCUCCAAGUCUCAAAUUAUAAGGCAAUGCUUAGCCGAGUGGGAUACACACCGGAGAUCAAUCAUGGCGUGCUGAUGGAAAUGGCGGAGCAUAAGAAGGAUUUGGAGAGGAAGACAAAACCCAUCGCGGACACAUUACGGAGCUACCAAGACUUACCUCCAGAUAAAGCACUAGCUGCGCUAGCUAUAGAGGACAAAAAGAGGCAGUAUGCAGCUGCAGAGAAAUACCUUGAAGACGUGUUGCAAUCUGCUUUAACUACCCCUGGCCUAUGAUUUGUAUGUGAUAAAGUGCAUACUUCUACUUUGUGUGUCUAUGUUGGCAUUUAUUGAAGGUGUAAUGGUCAUUAACCUUCUUGUAAGUUGUUACUUGGUACUACAAUCCCUGUAAAAUCCCUAUCCUAUGCUUUUUUUUUUGAAACCAGCUGCACCAUAUAUUACUCAUCCA